UCUCACGUUUGGAGUCUAUAAAAGCAUAUAGUGACCGAUAUUUGAGGAUCAGUUUGUGUUCUCUAUCCAAACGGGGUACAACCUCAAGUGGAGGAGUUUUGAGUGUCUGAGAAAGCUUUUCCAUUUUUUUUAAACUAAGAAAUAACACGUAUAUCCACCCACAAUGUCUCUCGAACGUCAAGUGCGUGCCAAGAUCGCUGGAAAGCGUGAUCCGGUGAAGGAUAAAGAGGCCCAGGAGUGGAUUGAAGCUAUCUUGGGUGCCAAAUUCCCAGCUGGGAGUUUGUAUGAGGAUGUUCUCAAGGAUGGCACAGUUUUGUGCCGUCUGAUGAACAAACUCCAACCCAAUGCCGUGCCAAAGAUCAACGAAUCCGGUGGACAAUUCAAAAUGAUGGAGAACAUCAAUAAUUUCCAGAAAGCCCUCAAAGAUUACGGUGUACCUGACCUUGAUGUCUUCCAGACUGUUGAUCUGUGGGAAAAGAAGGAUAUCUCCCAAGUCACAAAUACCAUGUUUGCCCUUGGCCGUGCUUGCUACAAACACCCCGAAUUCACUGGACCCUUCCUUGGACCUAAACCAGCUGAUGAGUGCAAACGUGACUUUACAGAGGAACAACUUCGUGCCGGUGAAGGUAUUGUUGGUCUCCAGGCUGGUCAAAAUAAGGGAGCUACACAAGCUGGUCAGAAUGUUGGUGCUUCUCGCAAAAUUAUUCUUGGAAAGUAAUAGAAGAAAAAAAGAGCUUCUCAUAUAUUUUUUCACACAAACACUCUUAUUCAGUCAUGUUAUUAUAUAUUUACAAAAAAUCCCCUAUGCCAUCAAAAUGAUUUAAUAAAUAAUUUAUUUAUAAAUUAAAAAUUUUCUACGAAAUGUAUAUUUGUGUAUUAGAAUUUUGUUGAGAACGAAAAAAAAGAUAUAUAAUAUGAAAAAAAUCGAAAAAUAAGAAAAUGUAA